GCGUACUAAAAAAAUUAAAACGAAUUUAAUUAAAUGUGAUUAAUGUUCAAAAUUGAAGUAACAAAGCCAAAAUCAUAUCAUCAAACACCACACCACCAGUAAUUAUCACCGAAAAUUAUGUGUGAUUAGAAAAAACCAAACACAAGUUACACGUUAGACACCAAAGCAAGCUGACCAAUAGCAGCUACUGAAAUUUACUAAAAUGGAAGGUGUGUUAAUAAAAUUGAAUUAUUAAUUUUAUGUUGGCUAUAAUGACUGGUUCACGAAUAAGUUUUCGGUUCGCGCUUUUUGCUUAUUGCAAAAUCACAUGUUAUUUCGAACUAUCGUAUUUAGUUCCUUGUGAAAAAGUUAAAGGUCAGUUCGCAAGUGUAGAUGGUCGUUAAAGCAAUAAAAAUAGUACAGCGAAAUGGAGAAGAAUUCCAAAGAAAAAUCCAAUACAUCUCGAAGUAGAUUUGACAGUUUCAAUACUAUAAAUGAGAAACCGGUGGAUGAUAUUUCUUUAGAAGCUUUCUACACCCCACAUAGCAUAUCUGCCCUUGCAAUAUCGAUAGCUAUCGUUAUUUAUUUUGCUUUCGUUAGGGACACAGACAACGUCGAAAACAACAUAUGGGCGGGCAUGCUAUGUUGCAUCUUCUUCUUCCUCAUCAUCUCUGUGUUGGCUUUCCCCAACGGCCCUUUCACUCGUCCACAUCCGGCCGUUUGGCGCGUCGUCUUCGGCAUGAGCGUCAUCUACCUUAUGGGCUGUCUAUUUUUCCUUUUCCAAAAUUAUCAAACCGUCAAAAACAUCCUGCUCUGGUUUGACCCAAGUCUCAAGGACUUCCACAUAGACAUGGACAAAGAAUACGGCGUGAAUUGUUCGGACAUAACCCUGGAACGCAUUUGGGGCCACAUCGACGUUUUUGCUUUAGGCCACUACUUGGGCUGGUUGUUCAAGGCGAUUUUGAUAAGACACAUGGGGAUUUUAUGGGCGAUCAGCUUCAUGUGGGAGAUCACCGAAAUCGCCUUCGCUCAUCUCUUACCAAACUUUAUCGAAUGUUGGUGGGACGCAUUGAUACUCGACGUGUUAGUAUGCAACGGUUUCGGCAUUUGGUGCGGUUUGAAGAUUUGCGAAAAACUUGAAAUGCGGGAGUACAAAUGGGUCAGCAUUAGAGACAUCCAUACGACUUCGGGCAAAAUCAAGCGUGCCAUGCUUCAAUUUACUCCGGAAAGUUGGACAUCGGUGCGGUGGUUGGACCCCAAAUGCUCCUACAUGAGGGUUUUUGCACUUUGUCAGUUGGUAUUAUUUUGGCAGACUUCUGAACUCAACACGUUUUUCCUCAAACAUGUUUUCGAAUUACCAGCAUCUCAUCCACUAGUCAGCGCUAGGUUGAUUCUCAUCGGUGUAAUAGUGGCGCCCUCUGUGCGACAGUACUACAGCUACGUUACGGAUACGACGUGUAAAAGAGUAGGCACCCAAUGCUGGGUCUAUGGGUGUAUCAUGGUCUCGGAGGCUUUGAUUUGUAUAAAACAUGGAAGGGAGCUGUUUGAACGGACUCAAGCCAUCAAUAUAAUCGUAUGGUUGAUGGUACAGUUGGUUAUUUCUGUGGCUUGUGUGAUAGGGUGUGUUAUGUGGCAUAGGGCCGGAUUGGCACGGGGGAAUUCCAGAGAUUUGAGUCCAGUGAAAAGCGUUGCCGGUGCAAAAGUCCUGUUUGAGAAUAGUGAUGAGAAGGAAGAUUGAUGUUCUAAAGACUGUUGAUAUUGUUUAGUUAAUUUUUUACCUCUUGUGAUCUAGUCAUUUAGAGUUGAUUUAUCUGCGAUUGUUUUAUUGAGUUUGUUACGACUUUUGGCAUUUGUGAAAAGUAAAGUUGACGGUAUCACAAUUAGGGUUGAUUUUAACGGUUGAAUUUAUGUAGAAAAUUACAUAAUAGAUUGAUGUUGAAUUUAUAAAAUAAAAAACAUUUUUAGUGAACUCAUAAAAAGCCUGAAAUGGGAGCAAUAAAAAUUAAAAUAAUUUCUCAAAUCUCCAUGACGCUGUUUAGAUCUAAUAACCAUAAUUUUUUGCUUAAUUUCCUUUAGGACCGAUUUCUGGUAGGAUUAAACCUCCGUUAAAUUUUUUAAAUGUAAAUUUUUAAAAGUUUUACCGUUUCUAAAGUACGAGUAGUUUAAAUUUAAACAUGUGUCCAGAAAUCGGGCCGAGUUGGUUAUUUUUACUAAACAAUCAGUAAGUGAUAACGCUGAUAAUUAUCAAAGGUUUUAAAAGCUAAAAUAAAAAAAUGUAGCUGUAAAUUAACAUAAACUAAUUAAAAUUUGUCUGAAUUAUCAAUUUGUAAUGUUAGUCAAUAAAUAAAAUGUGUAUAAUGUUAAAGUCAACCUAUCAAUUUGUGUUACGUUAUUUAAAAAACGGAAAUAUGUGUCAUGUUUUAUGUACAAAAACCAAAGAUUAAUAAAAAAGAAAAGAAA